CACACUGCAACCAAAGGGUUGUCCAAACACUGCUCAGUGUAUACACACACCAAGCAAGUGUUAAGGCCGCCAUACUGCUCACGAUGCAUGCACAGAGCAAGCGAGAGGGACUUAAACUGUACAUUUUAGGCACAAAGCAAGAAAGAUCAUCCCUAUACUGCACAAAGUGUACACAUAGCAAGCAAGCAAGCAAGCGGGCUUCCACACUGCACAAGGUACAGCCACAGAGAAAAUAAGUGAGUAUUCACACUGUAUGAGCCACACGUGCACAAACACGGCAAAUAAGUGGGUAUCCACGCUGCAUGGAGUAUAAACACACACGCAGAGCAGGAAAGUGGGUCACCACACUGCCACAAAGUACACACAGAUCACAAGAGUGUGUCCACACCCUGCAUGAGGUACACACACAGAGCAAGCUAGUGGGUUACAACAGUGCAAUAAGCUGUCUCGCCUUGGUCGAUCAGUGGCAGUGCGUGUCUCGGCCCUGCAUAUGGUACACGCAGUAUAUGUGAAGUUUUAAACUGAAUUUGUAAACUGUUCUGUCUGCUGUGUUUGAGUCAAAAUCAACAAAGGUGCAGCAGGAAAAAAAGUCCAAAAUGACACAAUAAAAUCAUAGAUUAUUACAUUUGUAAGGACAAUUUUCUAAUGUUUUGCCUACAUUUCUUUUAUUGCCUUUUUAAAAAAAAAAAAUAAUAAUAAUUUUGUGGUAUAGAUGGCAAAUGCUUAAGAAUAGAACUGUGUGACACAUGCUGAGUGAUCAAAUGUUUUAAUCAAACCAUUUUUUAAUGUAUCGGAUCAAAUUUUUUGCUUUCAUCCCUCAUUCGGGUGUUUACAAUUUUCAUACAUGCAAGUGGAUACCCGCACUGGUUGAAUAAAUCCAGCAAGUAGCAGCAAGAAGGCAUCUGCAUGCAAAAUCACCUACGUGUCUAUCUGGACAGGACCUCAGAGAUGGUCCAAAAAACAGUAGCGUCUAUGGGACCUGGAGACGGCUCGGCUGCUUAAAGUUUUCCAGGAAAUGUUGGCGGUCACUCUGGAGGACCAUGAGCUGUACGUUGUCGAAAACGGUCAGGAGGAGCCUAUCUUUUCACCUGAAGAAUUUCACAACCGGGUGAGAUUCCCGCUCGUGGAAGUGCUGAAAUAUCCUUACCUGCUGUGCCACCGGGAUCUCUGUGAAAUGGCGGUGAAGGUGUUAUGCAAAAUGGAGGAUAUGAAAAACCCCCUAACAGUGCAUGACCAGUAUCAGGGAAUUUACCUGCUCAUGGUACACCCAGACCAAAAGGUGCGUCACUGGGCAAUAGCCACUGCCAGGUCGUUGGGCAGGGUGGACAGAGAUAACUAUUAUGAUCUUCAGGAGGUCUUCUCCUGCAUGUUCUAUAUCAUUGAUUUAGGAAUCACUCUGGACUUUCCAAACAUGGAUGACUCGUACAGCUCUGGCAAGCUCCAUAUCCUACCUCCACAUCUCUAUGAUGCCCAAAAUAAGAAAAAUUACUGGCUAGGUAUCUGUAUGUUGCUGAUGCAACUGGACUCGCAGGCCAUGGACUCUCUGUUAAUGGGGCCAGAAGGGCAGGCCAGCAUUCCCCAAUGCAUUAUAAAUACCAUGAAUGACUGCAAUAAAGAUGAUGACCAGGGAUCAGAUCCCUUCUGGCCUGCUUUGCACUGUUUCUUGGUCAUUCUAGACCGACUGGGCUCAAAGAUCUGGGGUCAGAUAGAACCACUAGAUGCUUUCCAGGCCAUCACUAAAGCAGGCAGCUACACAGCUGAAAUUGAAAAUAUCAGACAGAAAACUUCAGGGACAAGAGUGAAAUUUGAGCCUGAGAAUGAUGAUGACCCAUUAUCCUGCAGUCAAAUUGUGUAUGACUGUUACGCUAUGGAGCGAACAAGUAGAUCAUCAGACUGUUCAUCUGGCAAUAAUGACACCAGUGGCAAUGCAAUUUUUGAAGAAAUGAGCUGCCUAGUUAAUGUCUUACAGUCUGAAAUGGGCCAAGGCAUGCGUGUAUAUGGUAGCACCUUUCUUUGGUUCAUUCCUUUUGUCCGCUCUAUGGAAUUGACUGUGCUUAAUAGCAUUUGCAUUGGGGAGGUUAUCCACUAUCUGGAUAACAAUGUCAACAAGGAUGUGCUGUUUGGGCGGACACACACCUGCGACAAAGUCACAGAGUUCUUUAUCCGCAUCCUCGUUGAUAUAAUUGAGCUGCACCUAUGUAAAGGCUGCAUGGGAAUGCUGUCCUACUUUUCCCAUAUAUGGGUAGAUAUCAUACUGCAGUGUGCUACCCUUUCUGAUGACACUUGUAAUACCAGAAUUCAAGAUAGGAGGGGGGUCUAUCCAACUUCCUCGCAUUUUGGUAGAGGGACCCGGGUGCCAGCAGUUGGUGUUGGUGCAAUGAGUCAAGCUUGCAUGAAGUUGAUUCGUUCUCUGUUGAAAGAAGGGGGACGAACAAAAACGGUUCCAGAGACUGCACAUUUUCUGAACCUAAUUAACAGACACCUGCGUGUCUCUGCUCGAGGUUGGAAACUUCCCAAAUCAGAAUAUGAGAAUCUUAAGAAAUGCUUACUCAAGCUUGUAAAAGCAAUAUCAGACAGGCCUGCAGUUUCAAAUGAUGUUCUGUCAUGUGCUCCACCGACGCCACCGUCAGAUCCCUCAGAAAAUGUAAUUUCCUACCCUAAUUCCACAUUGACCACAUCUCUGCAGCAGCUACAAACCAGAGAUGCAGAGGUUGGUCCAAGUGGUCCAGUAGGUACAAUUAAUUUUAUUAAGGAUGAACCACUGUGGGAUCAUGGGGAAUGUCAAAGUUUCUGUGAAGGCCAUGAAGAAAUAAUUAAGGCAAAGAAAGAGCCUUACAACCCAGUACCAAUUUCUCCUCGUGAGGUGAAUUGUAUAAAACCGGACUUUGGAAAAAUACAGGAAAUCAGAUCUAGGUUGAAUGAUGAUCAGAAUCUUUCCAGGAUACAAGCCAUUGCUAAGAGAUUCAUAACUGAGGACGAACAAGGUAAAUGCAGUAGCUUGAAGGAGAUUGGAUAUGCAUCAGGUCUAAGCCCUCAGCCUUCAACCUCACAAUCUAAGAUCCCAGACUCUGCAAGGCUUAGCAAGUCCUCUAAAAAGAAAUUGAACGAUGAUGACGAUGAGCCCCUUGAUGUCCGAAAGCGUCGUCUGAAAACAUCCAAGUCCAGUGAAGAGGAUUCGACUGAUGCCGGACAGGUUUCAAUACAGUUGACUAGAAGUGCAAAAGAGGUCCAUGAGACUAGCAUCACCAUUUCAGAUGAUGUUUCUUCAAAUGACAAAAAGCUAUUAGAAAACAGGGUAACAUAUGAUCCCUUUUUGGACCCUGAAUCUAAUGAGGGCCAAGGCCGUGAUUAUGAUGAUUUGAGUGAAUCGCAAGUAUUUGAGUUUGAAACCCAAGAACACAUGGUAUCUGCCUGGAAUGAGCCAUACAUUGACAACUCAGUUGUGACCAAAAAGCACAAACUUGGGAAUGAUUCUAAAGCGUGCAUUAGUCAUGAUGCUGUGGAGCCCAUGGAGACUCAGCCUGUCUCAGAUGAAGAUAUAGAGAAAGCUUGUCUGCAAGUGGAAGCACAAAUCUGUAAACAGCAACAGCCACAAGAACCAACUGCAUCAAGCAUGCAAGUGCCAUCCAAACAAAUUUUCAAUGAAAAAUGUGAUUUCAUUCAGUCCAAACAUUCUGAAAGUCCCCCUGAAAAACCUGGCCUGACUGAGAGAAGCAAGCAAUGGCUGAGCAGAAAGCCUCCUGUUAUUGAAGCCCCGAAUCAAAAAAUCAAGAAGCAUCGCAAGUCCCAUAACACCAUAUUUCGAGACCCUGUGAAACCAUGUUCUUCCACAAUGCUGAUUUCAUCCUCUGUUGUAACACCCUCUACUGUCUCCCCUUCCAGAGGCUCUUCUGCAUCCUCUGUUGCACGUUCAAAAGCCACCCCUGCUAUAGUUCCACCAAAAAAGGUUCGCAAACGUGCUGAACCAGAAUCUGCAGCAGAGCUUCUGGGGUUGAAAAAGAAGGCAAGGAAAGCUUUUGACUUUUCACAGCGUUCCUUGGUCUCGUUGGGUAAACUUCGAUCACAUGGCCAGAAUGUGCAUGUUGAGCCACAACAGAAGUCAAAAAGAGUUCGUCAACAGAAGGUGGUUGUGAAGAGAGGGAAGAAGUUGCUUGCAUCACAAGAUUGGCAAUACCUUAGACAGAGUCGUGGGAUGCUCCAUAAGUCAGUGCCAGCCACUUCAGCUGUUGCCAAAUCAAACAAAUGUCCUGUACCAGAUGCCCUACCCAAAUCAAAAAAUGCAAUUGAAAGUGUGGAUGAGCCAAGAGAUGAGGAGGAUGAUGACUAUUUCCUUCCCUGCUCUCAGCCUGAUCCUGACAGAUGGAUGGACAGUAAAAGGGUUACCAGUCAAGUCAAUACUAGCCUGUCAGAUGAUGCCAAAAAAGCAAUAAGUGAAUGGCCUGAGGACAUUCAAAGUAAAGAAUUCAGUUCCCUUCAAAACAAUAAAGGUGUCGGUGGUUCCAUGGCAGAAGGUGCGGAAUCCAAGGAUGAAAAUUGUGAUGAUGAAUGGACGUACCUUACACAAAAUGAGCCUACGGACAUGGAGUUAUGCUCUCAAAUGGAUCAAAUAGAGGAAGAGUUUGGUGAGAACAUAAUGAUUACAGGCUGUGUGCACAUGGACAAUGACUCUGGCAACCAACCAAAUAUUUCUGAAGGUGAAGCGAGUGUGCCACUUAAACCAUUAUCAGGCAACACACCUCAGAAAUCACUUCUUGAUGCUUCCACAGAGACCUCUUCAAAUGACCAUUUGUUCUUAAAACCUGGCAUGCCCACUGUGUGUCAGAAAAAAGCAAAGCCUUCUACAACAAAAAUUUAUACAUCAAGUUCCCGCAGUGCAUCUUUGGCCAAAGAGAUGGGAAAAGUAGCCAACCCUCUACCUGCUGCUAAUGCUGCUAAGGCUAAGGUUGCACGACCACCACCAGCAAUGCCACCGCCACCUCCAAAAUCCACACCACAACAUGAAUUUCGACAGCCUCCCCCACCCAGACCCGCCCUGCACUGUCCAAAUCAGGUUUCAAAGUCAUCACUUUCUAAUGUAACAUCUGCUUCCCAUGUACCUUCCUAUAAGACUUAUCCCAGACCAGAAACACCUGUAUCAGUACGAACACCAACACUGGAUCAUGAUCGAAGAUUUGAUAAUUCUCAGAUGUUUGAUCCAUCCUACCUGAAACAGGCUAUUUUAAAGUGGGAGUACUGCAUGUUUGACAACUACGAAAUGUUUGGGACACCCCAAGACUUGUGUCCAUUUCCCCUUAAGGAAGUACCAACGAAGUUCUCUAGCUACCAGGAGUACUUCAACAUCUUGUACCCGCUUCUGCUCAUUAAUACCUUUGAAGAGAUGGUCAGUGAAUGGCUUAGGAAAAUCAGAUUUGGAAAAUCAGAAAUUGAACUCGAGGUCCAGGGAAUUGAAUACAGGAAUCGCAUUGCCAGUGCCAGUUUCACAGCAAGCCUUAAUGCUGAGCAGGAGAUGAAGCAGUUGUAUCCUAAAGAAGAUGACCUUGUGUUUCUCUGGCUGCCGGAGAACACUGGUGCAUAUGCUAACGAUGAACCAGAUUUUCCUGAGAUGAGUGCCCACUUUGGAUGUGUAUUGCGAUCCAGUGUGUUAAGUAAUGGAGGAGGUCAGCUCUCCACACUGAACCUUACCAUUCAGACGCGUGGUAAUGUGUCCUCUGUUAACACCCAACCUGUACGCUGUGAACCGAUUGGCUCCCUGGUCAGUACAUUGCGGGAAUUCAGAGCACUGUGUUUGCUACAAAAGAGCAAGAUGCUACCUCCAGUUCUCAAGCCAGACAUCAAGUACUUUGCACCCUGCCCGGAUGGCCUGCCGAACCUAGAUAUGCCUGAAUAUAAUGAAGCCCAGGCCAAAGCAAUCAGCUGUGGUGUUGCGAUGGUGAAAAGGAAGCAAGAUACCCCAAAGAUUUUGUUAAUACAUGGACCACCAGGGACUGGCAAGAGCAAAAUCAUAGUUGGCAUGCUGCACAGAAUUCUGUCUGGUGGUGAGAGUCCUUCAGUGAAUCGCUAUGCUAAGUCUCGCAGAACGAGAAUUCUGCUCUGUGCUCCAUCUAAUGCUGCUGUUGACAGCCUGAUGAGGAAAAUCAUCAUUGCCUUCAAAGAAAAGUGCUUGGACAUCCGUGCUCCACAAGGGAACUGUGGUGACAUCAACCUGGUGCGACUAGGGAGUGAGAAGACCAUCUCUAAAGAGCUGAAAGGCUUCAGCCUUGACAGCCAGGUCAAGAAAGGAUUAGAGAAAGCACAACAAAAGUGUGAUUCAGACAUACAGAGGAAGAAGGAGGAACUGGACAAGAUUAUUGAAAAGCUGUCUCAGCAGUGCGCCAAGACGGACAAAAAAUCAGCGACGUUCGAACAGCUGAAUGCCGAAAAGCUAUCUCGCUCAAAGGAAAGGGAGAAACUCGGCAGACAGAUAAAGGAGUUUCGUAGUAAAAGGCUAGAGGUGCAGUCGCGCAUCUUGCUUGAGGCUCAUGUGAUCUGCUGCACGCUGAGCACAAGUGGAGGUGGCCUCCUUGAAUCUGCCUUCCGCCGCCUUGGACACGAACCAUUCAACUGCGUUAUUGUUGAUGAGGCAGGCCAAGCUAAAGAAACAGAAACAUUGAUCCCUUUGCUUUAUCGAUGCCAAACCCUCAUCCUGGUGGGCGACCCCAAGCAGCUCCCACCCAUUGUCGUAUCUCAGAAAGCCAAAGAGCUGGGCUAUGACCAGUCACUGAUGGCUCGGGUUUGCAAGAGCCUUUACUCGAGUUCGCGUCUGUCCCCCAUCUUCCUCAGUGUCCAGUACCGCAUGCACCCAUAUAUUUGCAAGUUCCCAUCCGAGUACAUCUAUGGCAACAGCUUGGAUAAUGACCGCGAGACUGCUCAGAAACUGAGCUCAUCCUCCUGGCCGUUUGAACCCUACACUGUGUUUGAUGUGACUGAUGGAAAAGAGAGUAAAGAGAGAGAUUCAUUUAGUAACCUGAAGGAGGUCAAGCUGGUGGUGCUGCUUUUUAAGCUGCUUGCGGAGAGGCAUGCCUCACGCAAGGAAAAGCAGCUCAUACGGGUUGGCAUCAUCACUCCAUAUAACGCCCAGAAACAACGUAUCCAGCAGGCCCUUGAGAAGGCCCCUGACAAGGAAUCAAAAAAAUACAUACAGGUGGAGGUGGACACCGUGGAUGGGUUUCAGGGCCGUGAAAUGGACUGCAUCAUUGUGUCUUGUGUAAGAGCCAGCAGCGAAAAUGGUUCUAUCGGGUUUGUUGGUAAUCGCCAGAGGAUGAAUGUGACCAUAACUAGAGCCAAAUCUAGUUUGUUUAUCCUGGGACAUCUCCGUACACUCAAGGAGCAGAGUGAUUGGGGUGCACUGAUACAGGACGCAGAGAAACGUGAAGUCGUAAUAAGAGCGCAUGAAGCCAACUUUCACGAGGUCGCAAAGAAGGUGCUGAAACCGAAUCGACUCCCUCGUAGUUACUCGCACCCCCCCAACCACAUCUCCGUUCCUGCCCAUUCUGAUUGGCAAAGAGACCAUAGAAUGCACGCUAGACCUUCAGACCCACGUCUGCCAGAGACUUAUGCAAGCAGAGAGCAGGACAGUGGGAACCAAAGCGUCCCUCGCCCAAGGCCGCCCAGUCACCGUGCUUUAGAUCCACGGCUCCACCAAAACCCUGCACAUUCCUUUCGUUCACCUUCAGAACGACCUCACGAACGUCACUUUUCUUCCUCAUCAGCGUCAUCUAGGGCACGUAGGAAAUAAUAUUUGCAUUUAUUUUCGCAGUACUUUACACCUCUUUUGUCUAAAUGACUGUCGAUAUUUCAUGGUAGCUCUGACUAAGCGUGUUUCAUACAUAAGACUUGUUCAACCUGACAAUCCUAGAAGAUUGCUAGCUGAAGUAUUCGUGUAAAAUAAUGGUAACUUGUGACAGACUUUUUGAUUAAAAACCACAUUAGCAUUUA